AGCAAAACAAUUUUGGAGGGCCAAAUUUCUGCGAAACUUUUUUGAAAUUAUCUGUAACCAGUGGUAGUUUAUUUCAGGGAUUACGACCGGUUGUUAUAAAUGGCACUUCAUUUGGUCUUUUUUUUUUUUUUUUUUUUAAACAAACUUCACUUGGCUUACUGGUAUUUAAUUAAACAGACAUGAAGCCCAGGUAGUGUAGGCUUCGGGAAGUUGCGGUGGCGCAUUGCUCUCCACCUGGGGCCCUCUGUGGUGGCCAUAACCAUUUUCUGAAUUCUGCACGUUCAGUGUUUCAAAUCAACACUGUUAACACCUACUGGACACACACAGCCAAACCAUGUAGUAGCUGUACGGGAAAUGACGAGCGAUGACUAUUUCUGGAGCGAAUCCGCACCCGUUCACCUUCGCCUGGCAUUGGAAAUUAAUAGCAGUUCCAGCUUUUACAUUAUUUAAAAUUAUUAGUGGCAUUGGACUAAAAUGUUCCUGAUGCCAACCUCUUCAGAGUUAAACGGUGGGCAGAGCUUCCUAACCCAGUGGCUGACCAAUCCUUCUCGGGCUGGGGUCAUAUUAAAUCGUGGAUUUCCUAUUUUGGAAGCAGACAAAGAGCAGCGAGCAAAUGUGAACAUUUCUACCAGCUUUCCUGUUAAAGCCACACAUUUUUCAAAUAGCUUCAGCUUUAUAAGUGAAGAAGAUUCACUUCAUGAAGAACAGAAGUUGGAGUCUAACAGCCCUUAUAAACUACAAUCAAAUAAAUCUGAAACACAUACAGUGUUUCCUUUAACUAAAGAGGGACCACAAAUAGUGGCAUGUCAGGGUGCUCCUGGACACUGGGAAGAUCACAAAAGUGACGUCUCAGAUCUUUCGAGUGAAUGCAAAGAAGUGCCUUAUAAAGACCCACUGUUUAAAAAGCUUGAACAGCUGAAAGAAGUACAACAGAAGAAGCAGGAGGAGCUGAAGCGGCAGCAGUUGGAGCAACUGCAGAGACUCCUGGAGGAACAAGAGAAGCUGCUCGCGGCGGCGUCCGGGCGGCACCCGCUCCCAGGUUUAACCCUACUGACUGACGAUCAGAGCCAGAAGUAUAGAUCUCCAGGAAAUUCAACCACCGUAGAGAAAACCUCACCCUUCCUGCCUUCACAUGUCUACCAGAAUCAAACCCAAGGAAAAACACACACUUCCAACAUUUUAUCUGAUGAACAAAACAACUUCUGUAGAACUAGUCAUCCAGAUUUUGUCUUAACUACAAAAAGUGGUGCUCCCCUCACUUUGUUUUGUGAGGCACAGUGUCAAGAAACACUUGUGAAAAAACAUGAUUUGAAGGAAGAAAACCAUAACCAUUCUAUUGGAGAAGGUAUUUUACCAUGUUGGGAGAAAGUGACAAAAGUGACUGAAGUUAAUCAGGAAGGGAAAGAUGUGAACUUAAAAAAAAUUGGUGAUUCUUCAGAAGUGGCUAAUAUUGAAGAAAGGCCUAUUAAAGCUGCUAUCAGAGAAAGGAAACAGACAUUUGAAGACUACUUAGAAGAACAAAUUCGACUGGAAGAACAAGAACUGAAACGAAAACAGCUAAGGGAAGCAGAAGGAUCAUUGCUAAUCAAACCAAAGCCAAAACAACCAUUCUUGAAACGAGGAGAAGGUUUAGCUAGAUUUACUAAUGCUAAAUCUAAGUCUCAGAAAGGGAGAGAAAGUAAACUAGCGCCUAAUCAGAGCAUUUCAGAGGACCAACCUAUGUUUAAAAUGGAUAGACAGCAAUUCCAGCGGAAAACUGCUCUAAUAAAUAAAGAACUGUGUACAGAGAACCCUCCUGUUAAAAAGAACAAUAAAACUAAGGCCAACAGUGGUUUUGUCACGCUUAGUCAGAAGCCAAAAGUGCUUAAGAGUAACAACAGGAAAAGUCCUUCUCCAUCAGGAUUGAAAAUACCAGCAGGGAAGAAAUGUGAUGGGCAAUUUAAAGACCAGAUCAAAUUAGAAAAAAAAGUUGAAUCUAAUAAUAGAGAAAAUGUACCCGAGUGUGCAAAACCUUGUGAUAUUGGAUGCAAAGUUGGGAAUAAGACACCAGGUAGAGACAGACUUCCUCUUUCAGCUGGGCUGGUCAGCUGCGUGGCUUCUAAGAACCCAAUAAAUGAGACCUUGAAAAAGUCAGAAUCUUCUCUUGACAUUUCUCUUCAGAAAAAGUUAGAGAAUUGGGAACAAGAAAAGGAAAAGGAAAAUUUGGAGUUAGAUGAAUUUUUGUUUUUGGAGCAAGCUGCUGAUGAAAUAUCAUUUUCUAGUAAUUCCUCAUUUGUACUGAAAAUCUUAGAGAGGGACCAGCAGAUCUGCAAAGGGCACCGACUGUCUUCCACCCCUGUCAAAGCCGUACAGCAGGAGAAGAUCGUGGCACUGGAUCCUGUUAUUCAGUGUAACCGCAAUGAGGCUCCAGACUAUACUGAACCUGAAAAUGUGGGGGAGUGUGAGGUCUCACCCAAACAGCCUGAAUCCGUGUCCUCACCUGAAGGAUAUAGGGAGCAGUCUUGUAAAGUCAUUAGGAAAGCAUUCCAGACUAGCACUUCUGAAAAUCAGACUCCGUGGAAUGGCAGUGAUGACGAAGGUGCCAUGGACAGUGACAGUAGCACUGACUCCGAGGAACAACUUGAUGUUACCAUAAAACCAUCAACCGAUGAUAGAGAGAGGGGUUUCAGCAGCAGAGAGGACAGUCCACAAGUCUGUGAUGGGAAGGGGCCUUUUUGGGAUGCCGGAACUCAAGAAGAUCAAAGGAGAGAUGUUGAUUUAGAUUUGUCUGAUAAAGAUUACAGUAGUGAUUAGUCUAUCAUAAUAGAAAGCUUGAAAAAUAAAGUGUCUGAGUCCCCAAGAAGACCCUCAGCUGUGAGUAUGAGUAAAAUUGACUUUGAUGAUGAAAGAACUUGGACUGACCUUGAAGAGAAUUCAUUUAUACAUGAUACUGUUCUUGGGACUGAGGCCACUAAUGGGGCUCCUCAGACAGCCUCCCCUAAUAAGAAUGAAAUAUGUGUACCAGACAAAACAAUGAAAAGGAAGGUUGCACCAGUCAGGAAGGGAGAAGACUUGAGGAAGUCCAGUAGGAGCACAAGCCCUCCUACGUCAGAUCUCAUGAUGAAAUUCUUUCCUGCUUUGAAACUGAAACCAAAGUCAGAUUCACACUUGGGAAAUGAACCCAAGUUAAACCCAAGUCAAGACCAACCGCCUGGUGACAGUGCUCGAUCUCAAGUUUUGAGAGAGAAAGUAAUUGAAUUGGAAACAGAAAUAGAAAAAUUUAAAGCCGAGAACACAUCUUUAGCUAAACUUCGCGUUGAACGGGAAAGCGCCUUGGAAAAACUUAGGAAAGAAAUUACAGACUUUGAACAACAGAAAGCAAAAGAACUGGCUCGGAUAGAAGAGUUUAAGAAGGAGGAAAUGAGGAAGCUACAAAAGGAACGCAAAGUUUUUGAAAAGUAUACUACAGUUGCAAGAACUUUUCCAGAUAAAAAAGAACGUGAAGAAAUACAGGCUUUGAAACAGCAGAUAGCAGAUUUACAGGAAGAUUUGAAAAGAAAGGAAGCAAAAUGGUCAAGUACACAUGGCCGUCUUAGAAGCCAAAUAGAAAUGUUGGUCAGAGAGAACACAGACCUCAGGGAAGAAAUAAAAGUGAUGGAAAGAUUCCGAUUAGACGCCUGGAAGAAAGCAGAAGCUACAGAGAGCAGCAUCAGGAUGGGUCCAUGUGUGACUGCUACAAAAAAAGAUGGGUCCAUGAAUUCAUCAGUUCGAUUACAAAAGAGUCAAAUUUCUUCAGGAACCCAGGUAGAAAAAUACAAGAAAAACCAUUUGCCGACACAAGGUAAUCCAUUUCGAAGAUCCAAGCCUGUGCCUACUCGUGAUUUAGGCAGUUCGGAUAAGGGACAAACGGCCUCACCCAGGGAGCCCCCGGAAUCAGUGCACCUGUCAGAGCCUGAAUAUAAAGAUGACGACAAAAAGGAGGAAAAAGAAGAAAUCCAGGAAGAAAUCAGUCAUCUUGAUGGAAAGAUAGAAAAGGUUUAUAAGAAUGGGUGCCAUGUUAUAUUGUUUCCAAAUGGAACUCGAAAAGAAGUGAGUGCAGAUGGGAAGACUGUCACCGUCACUUUCUUUAAUGGUGAUGUGAAGCAAGUCAUGCCAGAUGAGAGAGUGAUCUACUACUACGCAUCUGCCCAGACCACUCACACUACUUACCCAGAAGGACUAGAAGUCUUACAUUUCUCAAGUGGACAAAUAGAAAAACACUUUCCAGAUGGGAGAAAAGAAAUCACGUUUCCUGACCAGACAAUCAAAAACCUAUUUCCUGAUGGACAAGAAGAAAGCAUUUUUCCAGAUGGUACAAUCGUAAGAGUACAAAGAGAUGGCAACAAAAUCAUAGAGUUUAAUAAUGGCCAGAGAGAACUUCACACUGCUCAGUUCAAGAGACGGGAAUAUCCAGAUGGCACUGUUAAAACUGUAUAUACAAAUGGUCAUCAAGAAACAAAGUACACAUCUGGCCGAGUAAGAGUUAAAGACAAGGAUGGUAAUGUUCUAAUGGAUACAAAAUUGUAAUGAUCUUGUAUGUAACUAAUCAUGAAAUAACACUAACUUGAUUUUCUUCUCAAAAAAUGUA